CCACAGCACAGACAGAUUGCACAAUGGGCUGGUGGCUGUAAUUUGUCUACACUAGUUGUGCUUUUAUCCUUACAUAUUUUACCUAUGAUCUCCUAUGUUGUUCAAGAUAUAUUUGGCCAAAUGUAGGCAGGUCAAGAGCCACGUAAAACCACAACACGUGCUGCUAGUUCCAAUCUUAUCUGGACAGAUUUUUGCGACGGCUGUGCGACGCUGCUGCCGCGGGACUCGGAUCCCUCUGCACCUCAUCCUGAACUUCAUCUGGCGCUGCUAAAAACCAGGCAUACUCGGACACAGAGUGACUGUGCGUAUCUGAUCGCCUUUUACUCCAAAAGUGGAUUAUAUCAUAUCCAACGCAAACUGGCAAUGUGUAUCACUUAACACACUGCAACAUGGCUGCUCCUUGGACACCAGUGAGAAAAGUUUAACACUGACGCUGUGGAGAUUUGCCGUGAAAGCUGGCUGGUUAAUGACUUAUUUGCCUUGCACAGAUUUGGUAGGACAAUUAGACCAGUGGGCACGACGUGACAGCCGCGUCCUGCGCCUCUGAGGGUCCCCGCUCAUAGUCACUGCAGUGGGCUUAGUGAAGAAGAGCUGCUGCCUUGAACGUCGUGGACUGGUGGCGUUUAGAGAAAGAAACAUCUGGCACCAGUCUGUGUUUCAGCUUAAAAUGCAUUUUUCCAUACCCGAAACGGAGGUGUGUACGGGAGAAAAUGGAUCAACCUUUGUGGCUUAUAAUAUCCAUGUGAAUGGUGUACUGCAUUGCAGGGUCCGUUACAGCCAGCUCCUCAGCCUCCAUGAACAGAUAAAGAAAGAGUAUGGCAGUAAUGUGGUGCCCACCUUCCCUCCAAAGAAGAUUUUCACACUGACUCCCGCCGAGGUUGAGCAGAGACGAGAGCAGCUGGAGAAAUACAUGCAGGCUGUGAGACAAGAUCCGUUGCUUGGAUCUAGUGAAUUGUUCAACAGCUUCUUAAGGAAAGCCCAACAGGAGACCCAGCAGAUUCCCACAGAAGAGGCUGCUCUCGACAUCUGCCUCUCCAAUGGUCAGAAGGUCACGGUCAACAUCCUGACUUCAGAUCAGACCGAGGAUGUGCUUGAUGCUGUUGCAACAAAGCUCGAUCUCCCAGAGGACCUUGUGGGUUACUUCAGCUUGUUUCUUGUUCGUGAAAAUGUAGAUGGAGGUUUAACAUUUGUACGGAAGCUGCAGGAGUUCGAGCUGCCUUAUGUAUCCAUUUCCAGUCUUCAAAGCUCAGAGUUCCACAUACUACUACGAAAAAGCUACUGGGACAUGGCAUAUGACAGCGAUGUGAUGGACAACAGAAUUGGCCUGAAUUUGCUGUAUGCCCAGACUGUGGCUGACAUUGAGCGAGGCUGGAUUCUCGUCAACAAGGAUCAGCACAGGCAACUGAAAUCCCUGCAAGAGAAAGGCUCCAAAAAAGAGUUCAUUCAUCUAGGACAGACACUAAAGUAUUACGGCUACAUCAAGUUUGACCCAUGCAUAACAGACUUCCCAGAAAAGGGCUGCCAAGUGAUCGUUAGCGCUGGCAACAAUGAGCUCAACUUCCACGUCAAACUGCCCAAUGACCAGAUGAAAGAAGGCAGCUUCAAGGUCACGCGCAUGAGGUGCUGGCGAGUCACGUCUUCUCAAGUUCCAGUCUCCAAUGGUACAAGUAACCCCUGCAGCUCAUCCAAAUGUGACGUUAAACUGGAACUGGCCUUUGAAUAUCUCAUGAGUAAAGAUCGUCUCCAGUGGGUCACAAUCACCAGCCAGCAGGCUAUCAUGAUGAGCAUCUGUCUCCAGUCCAUGGUGGAUGAAUUGAUGGUGAAGAAGUCUGGUGGAAGCAUCAAAAAGAUGUUGAAAAAACGACACAACGGUUCCUACCACAGGUCUGAUAGUCAACAAGCUGUGAAAUCACCCCCUCUACUGGACUCACAGGAACCCAACCGCGAGCAAAUUGUCAAACUCUCUACCAAGCUGAGUUCUGUGUCACUUCGAGGGAUCAGCGCUUCCAACUCAUCCAAUGACAUCAGCGGUAAUGAUUUCCAUGGUAACUAUGCUUUCGAGGGAAUCGGGGACGACGACUUGUAACUCCCAUUGGGGCCCUGGCUUUUUCCAUUCCACCCUCACCCUGCGGGACGUCCCAGACCACACGCUGAACUGAGCCGAGAGCCACACAAGUGUUUAACUCUGCCAGAUUGUAGCCUCUUUAAUGAGAUAGGUCGCUGCCUUAAGCUCUCUCUUCAUCUCAACUGUGCCCUUUGAAAACAUUUGUAUCAUGAAUUAAAUAGGAACAUUAGCACAGUUGUUUUUGAUUAAAGCUAAAAUAGCAUGAAGCUGCAGGUAUUGAAAGAACCAUUCCAUUUAAUAUUUGGCAUCUCUUUGAUACAGUUGAAGGUACAAAGGUUGAUUUUUCUAGCUUUCAAGUGCACGUUUCUAAGCAGAGAGCCAUAUAUUUAGUUAGACCUGGCACUAGUGAUAAAACAGCAGAACUAAGCAGUGAAUGUGUUUAAACUGUCAACUUGUGCAAACCAAACUGCUAUUUUCUUGUCAGUCUCAAUGUGCACCAAGUGUCUGGACGUCUGUGUGCAGUCUGUAGUUUGAGCUUGUGGAUACUGCGUUCAGAACUAGCCUUAACUUUAUUGUUUUUGCCUCAUGUUCACGUCGUCCUUGGGUCUUGCAGAUGUUGGUAUGUGAUUGGCCGGGCUGCUUGCACUUGCUUACUCUGACAUUUUGCACAGUAUUACAGGUGGAGGUGAAUGUCUUAAGCAUAAUGUUUCCAUUGUGUGGAGAUUUCUUUAGGGCUCUGGAAAUUUAUGUGAUUUGUUUCUUUUUUAAAAGCAUUUUUAAGGUUUCUCAUAAAUGCCAAAUUAUAGUUUACUAAAGCAUUUUGCACAAAAUGACAAUAAAAAAUAAAAUGUCACUUUUUCUAUUAUGUACAUGUAAUAAAGUAUUCUGAACAUUUACUAAUAGCAUAAUUACCAUAGCCUAUUAUUGUAAUCAAGUGUAAUCUAAGUUGUAUAGAGCAAAUGCUUAAAUGGACUAGCAUUUAUUGUUUACAAAUGUCUAUUAGGGGACUUUUUAAUUGAAUAUUUUUGUUUACAAAUUAUGAUUUCUGUGUCUUGUGUUUUCGGGCCUCUGUUCAACAUACAUUGUGCCAAUCAUCUCAGAGAAAUUAAGUAAAGGUGCUUUGAGGUGGCUAAGGUGAAUUGCUGGAGUGAACACGUCUUAUCAAGAGCACAUAACAUAAUCUGUUCAUGAUUAUAAUCAUUCCAUAUAUUUUCAGCUUUAUAAGUUAUGUUGCCCUUAGCCAUUAAUCAAAGCCAGCAAAUCCCUCUGGUUUCUAGAACUGUAAAAUUAUCGAUUAUGCUAUCAUUAAUGCUAUGAAUGUCUGAUGAUCUUUAAAUAUUUUUUUAAUUGGUCUCAAAUCGGUUGACUGUGUGAUUUACUGUGUAUUCUUAUCACCAGCAUCACAAAUGUAAGAUUGUAUUGACUGUUGCCAAUGCCUGUCUGGUCUCGUCAUCAAGCUAAAAUAAAACUUAAAUUAGACCACA